AUGGAUUCAUCAAUUGCACCCCCGAGCUCCCCUAUCACAUUACGUCCUGGUAUCGCAGAGAGUGGUGCCCAUCUACGCGCUUGGAACACGAUUUACUCUACAGUCUUUCAAUCUGGAGCUUUUGUUUCUCUCACUCAAUUUCUUCGAAUAUCGCGUUAUGACGGCUCAUUGAACUGGGGAAAGAUCGUGCUUCUGACUAUCUGCAUUGCCACAAUGAUGGGAUGUGGGUUUAUUACUUCCUUUUUGCGGCGCAAGGGCUGGAGAGCAACACCGGUCAAGAAGCGUUUUCGUCGCGCUCUACGCAAAGACCACUCUAAGCGAUCUGCUGGUACCGUGACUUCCUCGGAAGAUGAAGACUACGAUAGUACUGGCUCCCUGCGCUUCGGCUCCGAUGAGACUAUCUUGGAGAAACGGGAAGCGUCUCAGCAUCAUGAGAAGGCUGAAAAUGCCCAUGAUACGGAUCCUGGUCUAUUGAAGAAACACUCGACAUACCUCUCAUACACAACAUCCGUUGCGACCUAUCCGUCCAUUAGAACCUUCAACCGUCCCCAUCCGCAGAUGGACAAGCUUCCCACCAAACCUGCACCAAUCCCACUGUUGGUUUUUGUGCAUGGGCUAGGUGGGUCUUUAGCACAGUUCAAUCAUCUCCUGACGAGCUUGUCGAACGUUGGGCCUUGCUUUGGUAUCGAUCUACCAGGUUGUGGAUUGUCGUCGUUCAAGCCAGAAACCUGGGAUGCAUAUAGCGUCGAGGCAUUGGCCGAGUUAUUAGCGACGGCCAUUGAGCAACACCGUGACAAAGACGCUGAGCAAGGUGUGGUUCUCAUCUCUCACAGUCUGGGCUGCUCGCUAUCUGCGCUGUUGGCGUCUUCGACCUCUAGGAUUGGAUCCACUCUGAAGGAUCAUAUCUUAGGCCUCGUUGCUGCCUGCCCCCGUGCGACACCUCCACCUCCCCAUGAGGUCACCCAGUUUCGUCGCCUGCUUCAAAUACCCGGGCCGGUCUUUGAUCUUUGGCGCUACUGGGAUCGACGUGGUGGCCUGCACAGCAGCAGCGUCAACAGACUUGUAGGUGCGGCAGCUGACCCGGAUACGAGGGAACUCCAAGUACGUUACAACAAGCAAAGCAAAACGCCGGUAUGGCGUCGGAUGGCUUGGGGUACGCUUCCUACCUACGACAAGUUCGGUAACCCCGUUGGGGGCAUUCCGGGCGAGGCGGUGUGGGCGGGCGUUGAGGUUCCUGUAUUGCUGGUGGCUGGUGAGGCCGAUGCUGUGACCAAGCCCAUUGAACUCCGAAAGAUUCUCGAGUUCUUCGGUCAGGGCGGGCGGAGUGUUGGGGAUGGCACGGAUACCAUUCCCAAUGCCUCUAAAGUACAUGACAAGGUCCCCUCAUCCUAUGAUCUUCGGGCACAUGAGGAGAGCUUUGGGCUCGAGGCGCAGAUUGACGAGAAGGAGCUGACAAACAAGACGGGUGAAGCGACCCUCCAUCGGCGUGCUGUGAAGACUGUUAUUCUUCCAGCCCCAGCAUCUCACGCGCUGAUCUACGAUCGGGCGACGUAUCGCACCCUGGCCGGCAUCAUCCAAGACUUCCUCAACCAGCAUGUUGACAACCGUCUCAGCAUGGGAUGGCAAUUGCAAUAUCUGAACACUUCCGGAAAGUGGGAUGUCAAGAAUCUGGCCAAGUGGAAGAAGGUCACGCCUGUCUCACAACGCAUUGCCGAUACUUUCGUUGCCAUGAAGAUGCUGCGUGAGGUUGACGAGGAACACAACCCCGUUUUGUUCUCGCAGACGUACCGCGGCCGUAUCUAUGCUGUGGUCGAUAUCAGCUAUGAAAAUCCGGUGUACAACCCAGCAUCGAUGGAGAAAGGCGGAAUCCACUACCACAAACAUCCAACGGUGUCUAAGAUACCUCCGACGCCGGAUGAGGUUCGAGAUUUCAUUGCUCUGAUUGACCGCCUGCAGAACGAAAUCACGGAGGCAAUGGAGAAGUCAGACAAUUCGGCAGGCCCGCGUCCAGUGGUCGGAGUUCACUGCCACUAUGGUUUCAAUCGUACCGGGUUCCUGAUCGUCUGCUAUCUGAUCGAACGACGCGGGUUCAGUGUCCAAGAAGCGAUCGAGGAAUUUGAGCGACAACGCCCGCCGGGAAUUCGACAUGAACACUUUAUUGAUACCCUGUUUGUGCGAUAUUGCGUUGGGCUGAAGCGAGCGCCCACGCUCUGA